GGCUCGCUCAAGCAUGCCAAUGUCUUCAGGUACAUUGUUACAGAGCUGCGGGCAUUUCUUCGCACGAACGGUCUUCCUGUGUCAGGCCGAAAGGCGGACCUGAUCGAGCGCAUCCUUGAGCAUCUGUCCAGUAGUGAAGCAAGUGAAGAGGAAGAAGAGAGCGGUAAGACGGACAACCAGCGCAGCCAUUCCUGGGAAAGCGAAGAAGAAAAAGAAGAGGAGAAUGAUGAACCAAGCAUUGAUCACAACCAGGAGGAAAGCGAAGGAGAGAGUGACAAUGACGAUGAUGAUGAAGAGUCUGAUGAGCCCGAGCCCUACGUGAGUGACCCCGACUUCGCGAAGCUGCUGCGGAAGCUUGGGAGUGGUGCCCAGGACCGAGGCAGCCCUGUCCCCAUGCAGCACCUCAAUCAAUUUCAGCAGAAGCUUGGCAACAAUGUACAAGGCUGCAAAAUCUGGCUGCCUGACGACCUGCGACAGCUCUACCGCUUCGCCAAUGGCUUCAAACUGGAGCUGGAGGAUGUCUCCGAGGUGCUACCCCUCGACGAGGUCUCUGAUGCACCGAACCAGGGCACGAAGACGCACCACGAUCUUCCUCUCGAGAGAUGCCACAUGGACGAUGAAGACGAUGUGGAACACCCGGCGUGGAUCCCCUUUGCCAUGAAUGGCGACUACGAAUGCUACCUCGUCAACGCUAAUUAUGGUGCGCGCACUUACGGCCAG